AUGACCGGAGGCAACGUUUCCCCAAUGACCGGAGACAACGUUACCAAGAUACCUUCAGGGAUGGCGAGCAGCAAGCCGGAAGAGCAUAUGAGCCCAGAGGAGCCUCAAACAACCCCCGGCGAAGGUGGAACACCAACCAGCGAUCAGAAUGCCCGCAAUGAUACUAGAUGGUCUGACGUCCAGCGGAUGUUUGACUCCACCAACACGCCCGGUGUAGCGUCUGAAGAACAACCCCAACAAGGCGAGGCUGCCAAUAGCCAAGCAGCCACUGAGCCAGGUUCCACCCAUUCCACGUCCCCGCAUGCACUCUCGCUCCCGAGCAACUUGGAUGCUAUGGCGAGGUCCUUGGGCGGGGUUGCGGUGGGCUUGCAGCAAGUCAAGGAUUUGGCUGUCGAAGCUAAGAAGGAUUUCGUGGGGGCUGGGAGAGAGGUUGUGGAGUGCGGGAAGCUGAGGAAUGAGUGUGAGAGAAUGAUGUUGGAGGUUAAGAGUGUGAUUGCGGGUUCGGGGUUGACGGAUUUGAUCGCAAGGGUGGAGAGGGUGGAGACGGAGAACGCGGAGUUGAGGGGAGUGGUGGAGAGGCUGAAGGAUAAGGAUGAAAAGGAGGGAGAGGAAUAG